UAUUCAUUGCGGUUCUCUCCAUUUCUUCCAGGUUCCAGCAGCUUGACGUUUUCUGGUGACAAGGAUGUUUUCUGGUGACGUUCUUUCCUUUUCAAAGACAAGUUUGUUACGAGCUUUCCAUCCAUAUAUUCCAGCAAUUUAUCGCAAGGAGCCUCAUUUCACUUCCACCAUUUUGCCUAGUUUGAAUAGUAUCCAUCAUUGUUUGCCACCAGGUGCUGCACUCUUUCUCCUUUUUUCUAGCUCUACAUCGUGUUUUCAGUUGUUGUUGUCGUUGGUACCAAUGGAGAUUCCACUCUCACGAUACCAAUCUUACACAUUGGAUCAAUCCCAAAGCGAUUGCUACUUUUCCGCUUUGGGUUCUUCCGGAUCCAGUUACUUUUCUGGUAAAGGUUUCGUCUUUGGGUGUGGUUUACGUUCAAAGGUGAGGAAUUGGACGAGCCACUUUUCCCUUAUUUGUUGUUGCUCUACUGAAAGUGGCAUUCGGAGGCCUAAAUCUUCGAGAAUACCAUAUCAUGAGAAGGUAGAGCCUGUUUUGGAGGACACUCAGAUGAGGAAACCUUCCUUUGUUGGGCUGUGUAGUGAGAUAGAGAAGCUAGUUCUGUGCAAUAGGUAUAGGGAUGCAAUUGAGUUGUUUGAGAUUUUGGAGCUUGAAGGUGGUGGUAGAUAUGUUGGUGCUAGUACUUACGAUGCUUUGGUGAGUGCUUGUGUUGGUUUGAGAUACAUUAGAGGGGUUAAGAAGGUGUUUAAUCUUAUGAUUAGUAGUGGGUUUGAGCUUGAUUUGUAUAUGAUGAAUAGGAUGUUGUUUAUGCACGUUAGAUGUGGUUUGAUGCGUGAUGCGUGGAAGCUAUUCGAUGAUAUGCCAGAGAGAGAUGAGGUGUCAUGGACAAUGAUGAUUGGUGGGCUUGUGGAUUCUGGGAACAAUGAUGAGGCCUUCAGGUUGUUUUUGUGUAUGUGGGAAGAGUUUAAUGAUGGCAGUCCUCACACUUUUGUCACGAUGAUCAAGGCAGCUGCUGGAUUAGGUCUUAUUCAGGUGGGAAGACAAAUUCAUUCAUGCGCUUUGAAGAUGGAGGUGGGAGAUGAUACUUUUGUGUCUUGUGCACUAAUUGACAUGUACAGCAAGUGUGGUAGCAUCGAUGAUGCCUAUUGUGUUUUUGAUCAAAUGCCAAAGAAGACGACCGUGGCAUGGAAUUCUAUUAUUUCUGGCUAUGCACUUCAUGGCUAUAGUGAGGAGGCUCUUAAUUUGUUUUAUGAGAUGCGCAAUAUUGGUGCUAAACUGGACCAUUUUACUAUUUCAACAGUGAUUAGAAUAUGUACAAGAUUGGCUUCAUUUGAACAUGCAAAACAAGCUCAUGCGGCAUUAGUUCGUCAUGGUUUCGGCACAGAUUUGGUGGCGAACUCAGCACUCGUUGACUUCUACAGCAAAUGGGGUAGGAUGGAAGAUGCUCGACAUGUGUUUGACACAAUGCACCAGAAGAAUAUCAUAUCCUGGAAUGCAUUGAUUGCUGGAUAUGGAAAUCAUGGCCAAGGAGAGGAGGCACUAGAAAUGUUUGAGCAGAUGCUUCGAGAAAGGAUGGUUCCCAACCAUGUCACUUUCCUAGCCGUCUUAUCUGCUUGUAGUUACUCUGGACUAUCAGAACGUGGUUGGGAGAUUUUUCAAUCUAUGAGCAAAGAUCACAAGAUUAAGCCCAGACCAAUGCAUUAUGCAUGCAUGAUUGAGCUAUUAGGUCGAGAGGGUCUGUUGGAUGAGGCUUUAGCACUAAUAAGACUUGCACCUUUCCAACCAACAGCAAAUAUGUGGGCAGCAUUGCUGACAGCAUGUAGAAUGCAUGAGAAUUUUAUUCUUGGGAAGUUGGCAGCAGAAAAACUUUAUGGAAUGGAGCCCGAGAAGAUGUGUAACUAUGUAGUACUUCUAAAUAUAUAUAACACCACUGGAAGAUUGAAGGAAGCUGCUGGUGUGUUACAGACCUUGAAGAGGAAGGGUUUAAGAAUGCUUCAUGCUUGUACCUGGAUUGAAGUUAAAAGACGGCAAAAUGUCUUCCUUUCUGGAGAUAAAUCCCACCCCCAAACAGAAGAGAUAUACCAAAAAGUGGACAAUUUGAUGGAAGAGAUAUCAAGGUAUGGUUACACUGUGGAGGAUGAUGAAGCGCUGCUUCCUGAUGUUGAUGAAGAGGAACAACGUGUUCUGAAAUAUCAUAGUGAAAAGUUAGCAAUUGCUUUUGGACUAAUUAACACCCCGAAUUGGAUGCCUCUACAGAUCAUGCAGGGUCAUCGUAUAUGUCGAGACUGUCAUACUGCAAUUAAGCUUAUAGCCCUGGUGACAGGAAGAGAAAUUGUGGUAAGAGAUGCUAGUAGGUUCCACCAUUUUAGAAAUGGAAGUUGUUCUUGUGGAGAUUAUUGGUGAUGACAAAAUUGUGUCAUUCAAUUCACAAGGACAUAUUACUCACUUCCAUCCUUUCCCUCAAACUAAACCUCAGUUUUGCUAGGAUGCAAUCCUUUAAUUGAUGUAAUUCUUUUUUGAGAUUCUUUAAUAAAAGACCUAUCAUACUUCCAAGAUUUUGCACUGAUUUGUUCUUUUAUGCAGAGGGAUCAGUUUGAACAGUUCCUUUCAUUAUGUGAAAUGUUUUGUUAUUUGACUUCAAGUAGUGCUAUAGUUCUCGCAUACUCUGAGUCCCUAAAAACCUCUGAUAGUAUUCAUAGUACUCACUUGUUUAUGUACACAAUUGCAAAUUGUUUCAAUUUUAGUGGCUCAACAAAACCCCCCUUUUUCUAAUUUAUUUAUGUGAUAACCAUAUUUGAGGUUUAGCAUCAUUAUACAUAACAGGCCUUCAGCUGCAUUUAUCAGUUACUUAUCACCCUCUCAAGUCUCAAGUACAAGAUUUGGAGAGAGGAAAAAACCUUCUGGUCCUUCUAUUAAACGUGGGGGAGUUUUCUUUGUUUUUUUCCAAUUUCUGUGAGAUAGGAACAAGCAUUCACAUAGGGCAUGUCUUGAAUAGUCAAAUUUCACUUCCAAUUGUAGUGCUAUAAAUUAAGGGGUUGGUUUGGUUGCAUUUGUUGUUGUCUGGGUUUGGUGUUUGAUUUUUGAGGAUUCUUAAUGUCUUCUUCUGCUGCAUAUCCUGUCUAUGAGGUUGCAAAGGAUGCAGCUGGAGUCGCAGGGAAUAUCUUUGCUUUUGGGUUGUUUGUAUCUCCCAUACCUACAUUUAGGAGAAUUAUCAGAAAUGGGUCAACUGAAAUGUUCUCAGGAUUGCCGUAUAUUUACUCUCUCAUGAACUGCUUGAUCUGCAUGUGGUAUGGCACACCUCUGAUAUCGACCGAUAUUGGUAAUGACGGUUUAUUCGAUCGGAGCAGUGUUUCAGUUUGUGUACAUAAUUAUCUUCCUUGUGUAUGCUGAGAAAUAAAAAAAGGUGAGAAUGUUUGGACUAUUGCUGGCAGUUAUCGGCGUUUUUGUGAUCAUUUUAGUUGGGAGCUUGCAAGUAAUUGAUAGUCAAACAUGCGAAUCCUGGUUGAAUUCUUGAGCUGUGCUUCCCUCAUUUCAAUGUUUGCCUCACCUUUGUUUAUAAUUAAAUUGGUCAUUCAGACAAAGAGUGUCGAAUUCAUGCCGUUUUAUCUCUCGCUCUCCACCUUCCUAAUGAGCCCCUCCUUUUUGGUUUAUGGAUUGCUCAAUGAGGACCUCUUCAUUUAUGUACCAAAUGGGAUAGGAACUGUUUUCGGAAUCUUGCAGUUGGUAUUAUAUUUCUAUUACGAGAGUAAAUCUAGAGAAGAAUCCGGAGAACCUUUGAUAGUGUCGUAUGCGUGAUUAGUACUUCCGAAAACAAAAGGUAUGGGAAAGUGCAGAUUACUGCAGAAUAAGAUAUCUGGUUUUUGCAAUUUUGUGGGGUUGAUCUGUGAAAAUGGCCAUGCUAAACCUGAUUGAUGCUCAAUUUGGAGAUAGUUUUCCCGAGUUAAUUGCGUUGAUUAUUGAUGAUGAACUCAUGAAGUGCUUCUGUUUCAUAUUCCAAUUAAGAAUUUAGAAAAGUGAUCAUGCAGCAUACUCAUUCAUGAUCUUUUGGUUCCAUCGCUAAGAUUGCCUUUUCUCUAUUUGACUAAGAAUGCAAUUUUUUCAUGAAAUUAGUACAUGAAGUGCUGGCAUUCAGACAAUGAUUCCACCUUGAUCCCUAAACUAUGUUCAUAAUCCCUAACACAUGCUUUAUCUGAUUUCUUACUUGCUUUUUGAUUUCUGAUUUGGCAUUGCUAUAACGUGCCAUUGAUAAAUCAACCUGAAAUAUCAUUCAUCAAUGAGAAUAUGCACUUAGUUUCUUCCCAUCUAAUUAACAAAUGACACCAAAUUAGUCCUUCAAAGACCUUAGGCUUCGUUUGUAUACGGGCACGAACUGAGACAGGGACACGGACAUGGAGACAAUCAUAUUUGACAAAUGAUACAUGAACACGGAUAUUGUGUCUUGAGACACUGAAUUAGUGUAUUUUGUGUCUUCCUUUACAGGAAGGACACAGAAACACCCAUAACAGACAACUUAUUUUUUCAAUUUUUUUUUCAUUAUUCUUCCCUUCUUUGGAAAGACUUGUCCUCUUUAACUGCAAGAAUUUGCGUGGAUGGCAAAGGUCAGAAGAUUUCAACAAGACAAAUGAUACUAACAAUCAUCUGUCACUACCUCCUUUUUGUUGUCUCUCUUUGCAAAUCUGGAAUUAGCCAAAUUUGACUUGCAUGCCCUCUUUUCCAUCCAUUUUCAAGUUGGAGUUAGGACUGUGCAAUGUGUAGCCGAUGAUUGAAACUUGUUUGGUUCAGCAUCCGUCUUCAUCUGUCAGUCCUCUGUCUUUACUCAAGCACUUGGAAAUACGAGAAGAAAUGGACAUAGAAGCAAUGCCAAUGGAAUGUCACAAAACUUGCGACAAGUUUGAUUUGUGUAAAUGGGAAAGAGGAUCAUGAUUAAUAUGGCCUUCACCCUCUACUGAGAAUCUUCUUCACACUUUGUGACGAUUUGAAGGCUUUACUGGAGCUGAUUCACAACCCUUCACUUGCUGAGACAUUUUUUGCUUCAAAGUCCUUGCAUGAAGGCCCUUACUGAUUUACUGGCGCUGUAUCUCAGAUAUUGUGCCUUCUUACUUGCUACACGCCCGGUUAAAACUGAAGAUUGGUCGAGGAUUGCUCACUUCCCAAACACUAUUAUAGCAAAAGCUGCAUCUUCUGAAGGGCUGCAGAAAUUCCCUCCUGUUAAAACCUGCCUACAUAUAUAUGUAAGAUGACCCUGCAGAAAUUUCUAGUGCUUCUGCUGUCAGUGCUAGCUUAUGGAGAUCCAAUACACACGGUUCAACAUCUGGACAUGUGUUGUUGCUGCUAGUAAAGUCGAUUAUCAGUUUGUGAUUUUGACUUUUCAAUUUUGUUGUGUUUAGUUUCAUUCCAAUGCUAUUGUUUGCAGCAGUGGGCAUCAUAGAAACUUGUUUUUAUUUUGUACUGUUGUAAUUGUAAUUGAUGUAUUGAUAUCUGAAGUUGUGCUGCUGUGGUUGGCAGAUACCC